GCUGGAGAACUCGGACACAAGCGCCAAUGCAUUAUCAAGGAUUUCUGCCCAUUUCCGCAACUAAAUUAGUUGAACUAACUAAUUAAUUAAGAAUUAGUCCACCUUAUUUACUAGUUAACCAAUUAAUUAAUUCCGCCGAAGCAGCAAAACAACAACAACCCAUUUUAAUUAUUCUAACGAUUCUUUUCAUUGUGACUAACUCGGUAAAAUUAAAUAAAAUAUAAUUUUUAAGGUGGCAUCUCUCGUGCCCAGAAUUACGACAAAUUGAAAGCCAAGAAGACUUUUCGAACACUGACGGACUGUUGUAUCUUCUUGCUUUUUGUGUAUGCUGUAACUUCAGCCAAGAAUUCACUUCAGGAGAUUAAUCCUCAUCGUUUACUAAAUAGUGUAUGUAAUGGUUAGGAAUGAAACGCGGAGCUGAUCGAGAAAUGGCAUCCCCGCAGAAAAGACAUCGUGCUGCGCAUGAAAUCCGAGUACUUAUUCCAUCUCGUAUGGCUGGUUCAGUCAUUGGCAAAGGAGGAGCUAAUAUUUCAAGAUUGAGAACGGAGAACAGAGCCACUGUUAAUGUCCCAGACUGCUCGGGCCCCGAAAGAAUAAUUACAGUUGGAGCUGACGACCAAGAUACAGUGCUGAAUGUUCUUGCCCAAGUUCUCCAGCUCAUACAGGACGACCUCGGUAAAAAUGAAGAUUUAGACACUUCCAGUAUGGAAGUAAGGGCUUUGUUUCAUCAUUCCCAAGUGGGCAGUAUCAUUGGCAAGGGCGGUUCAAAAAUUAAGGAGCUCCGAGAGGCUACCAAUGCCCAAAUAAAAGUUUAUGGAAAUGUGUGUCCACGAAGUACCGAUCGAGCUGUUGCCAUCAACGGGCCUAUCGAUGUUUGUAUUGAAACGCUAAAUAAAUGUUUGGCUUUAGUAAGUGAGAAUCCACCCAAGGGACCUAUAGAAAGAUAUGACCCACACAAUUUUGACGAAUUUCAUGCCAUGGAAUACGGAGGAUUUGGUGAACCCCGAGGGGGAGGCGGAGGAGACUUCUUUAGAGGACCGCCACCUCCAAGAGGUCCACAUAGAGGAUUUCGUCCUAGAGGUAAUGGCGGUAGGGGGGACGGAAUGGGUCGUGGCGGAGGUCGAGGUGGAGGUGGAGGAAUGUUUUCAGGAAAUGGGUUUGGACCACGUCCUCCGUUUCCAGGUGGAACAAUGGGUGUUGGACCCGCAGGUGGUGUUGGUGGUGGAGACGGUGACCAAGCUUCAUCAUCUCAAGUAACAAUUCCGAAUGAGUAUGCCGGAGCCAUCAUAGGGAAGGGCGGUAUGCGAAUUAGGAGAAUACGAGCAGAAUCAGGAGCUGGAAUCACUUUGGCGGAAUCUGCUCCUGGACAAAAUGAGCGAAUCAUCACAAUUUCCGGAUCUCAAGGACAGAUUCGAAUGGCACAAUAUUUGUUGCAGCAGAGUGUCAAGGAACAUUUAUAAGAAGCUCAUUUUAAUCAAGAUCAAAAGAAUUAUGCAUACGCCAAUUGAGUGAUGAGCAUAGGUUAUAUUUGCAAGUUUACCAUUGCUUUGAGCGUACUCAUUCCCUACAGCUCGCUGGAACAUAAUUAAUACUGUAUUGAUUUUAAAGUAACUUUUAUGUAGUCAUUAUGCAAAUUAAGUAGUCAGGACAGCUUUUACUUAUAAAGCCCUAAACAUUUUAAUUUGUCAUAUUUCUUAUUUCUAUUAUGAUUUUAACCCUCAGCUUCUCACCUUGUGUGUGUGGCUUAACUAUCUUGAUGUCCUUUUGUCUGUCGGCAAAUCUUUGUUGGAAACUAGGAAUAAAUUUACAAGUCCUAUGCAUACGGUUCAAUGAUUUGACAAAAUACUUGCGCCAAUUGACAUAUAUAGUUAACGUAAGUCUUGACAAUUAUUUAUGAAGGUUGUUAAUAAAUUAUUCUUGUUCAA